AUGAGUGGUCUUACAAACGAAUGGCAAAGGCCAAGUCUCUUUCUCUCGGGAGGGUGUUUGGUUGUAACCAGUUUAGUGAGUUUGGGUGUUGCUUAUCUUCAAAUGAAAGACAUUAAAACGUUUAGUGGAGUGAGUGAUAUAUACGAUAUUGGUUAUAGGCUCUAUGGAGUUGCUGCCGCCGCUUUUUUACUCACUCUCUGUGAAUUCCACGUGUAUUUCUAUGAAGGGAAGAAGCAUAGAAUAACUAAUGCGGUGAUGGCGGUACUUACUAUAAUAUUUACUCUGAACGCAUUGAGAGAUGAAAAUGCAUUAGAAACUCUUGCACACAACAUCGACAAUGAAAAUCACCUUGGCUUGCACUGUUGUCGAUACAAAGACAUCAAGAGUGGUGCUUGUGUUGUUUCCCGACUCAGCCCCGCGUGUUAUGACAUCGUCCUCAAACUUCUGAAAUUGAAUUGUUUCAAAGGGAAGUUCACAAUGUUACUCAUCUUAGCGUCGACCUUCAUAGCAUUAGUAUGUGAAGUCCACAUGCUCAUGAAGUAUCACAAGAAAGAAAAACCCAGUGCUAUUCUUUAUGAAUGA